AUGGACGAUUCAGUCAGGUCUUUAAUCAGGUUUGUUAGCAGAGGUUUUUAUUCUUCACCAUAUGUCUUGAUUUUAGAUGCUGUGUUACGUCAUUCUGUCUUAUCAGAAGAUGAUUUAAUUCAUUUAAUUGGUAUUAAACGAAAAGAAUUACGGUCACUUUGUAACCGAUUAGUCGAAGAUAGAUUAUUGAUUAAUCAUAUUCAAAGAGAAGACAAUGGACAACAGAAAUAUGUCACUAGAACAUAUUUCUAUAUCCACGUUACUGAGGCUAUUGACUCAAUAAAAUGGAAAGUUCAUACCAUGGUUAAUCAAUUAAAACAAGAAAUGUCAAGUUUUGGUAAUCCACAAGGGUAUGUAUGUCCUCGAUGUGGUAAAAAAGUAUCACAAUUGGAUGCCAUAUCUUUAUUAAGUGAAGACAAGACUGAGUUUAUAUGUGAUGUAUGCCAAGGAGUAUUGAUUGAAGAUGAUUCAUCACAACAAGCAAUUUUAAAACAAGAAAAAUUGGAAGAUCUAAUGUCACAAAUCGACCCUAUAAUCAAGUAUUUGAAAAUCAUUGAUGAUUCACAAAUUCAAGAUAAUGAUUUUGAAAGUUCAUUAUUGCAAGCAAUUCCAGCACAAUCAACCACUGCUGCUCAAUAUACUUUAUCUAAUAAAGUUAGUUCUAAAUCAAGGUCAGGAAUUAAUGCUCAAGCAAUGCAAAAUGCAACAGCUAGAUCACAAGCUACUUUACACGUUUCCAUCACUGCUAAUGAUGAAAAUUAUGAACGAGAACAAUUGGAAAAGGAAAGAAGAAGACAAAAAUUGGAACAAAAUGCAUUGCCUUCAUGGCAUUCAAAUAGUACUGUUGGUAACUCACAAAAUGUUGAUUACGUAAAAGAUGAAUUAGACGGUGAUUCCACCAAUAAUAUUCAAGACAAUGGUGAAACAAAAGUUAAAUCAGAGAAUGAUGAUAAUAAUAAUGGUGUUGCUAUUAAAGAAGAAGGUACUAGCGAAGUAGAAGAUGGGAAUGGUACAGAGAUGUCUUCGGUAUUGCCUACUCCAGAACCUGUAUCUUCGACUGUACCGCAACUGUCCUCAUUCAGUAACAACAACAAUGUUGCUGCUCCUACUAGUACUACACACACCGAUCUCAAAGAUCAAGAAGCACAGAAUGCAUUGGCUGAGUAUUAUGCUCAACUUGCUGAACAAGAAGGUGACGAUGAUGAUGAUGAUGAAGAUGAUGACGAUGACGAUGAUGACGACGAGGACGAGUUUGAUGAUUUGAUUUAG